UUCCCUCUUAUUACCCGGUCACACAGUCAGUGAACAGAGCAUUUCGCAGGUUUCUUUACUACAAUGCCUGCUACCACGGUUCAAGACUCUGUGCCAGAGCAUCACAGACUUGCCAAAACGAAUGGAGCCAACAAUGGCUCCAUUAGUCCUGCUUGGAUCCCUACCCAAGUAGAAGAUAUCACACUGAGAACCACUGAAUUCUCCUUUGAUACAGUAGAGGACGCGCUUCACGCAUUCGCGCGUGGUGAAGCUAUUGUCGUUAUGGAUGACGAGCGAAGAGAGAACGAGGGUGAUUUAAUUAUUUCUGCGAGCCAUUGUUCCGUGGAGGCCAUGGCAUGGAUGAUCAAGCACACCAGCGGAUAUAUCUGCAUCUCUCUUCCCGAGGAGCGUCUCAAUGAGCUUGAAAUUCCCAUGAUGGUUCCCGAAAACCAGGAGCGGCACAAAACUGCGUACACCAUAACCGUAGACUACAAACAUGGCACAACGACAGGCAUUUCCGCCCAUGAUAGAUCUCUCACCGUGCGGAAGUUAGUCGAUCCCACUUCGACUGCAUCCGAUUUUAGCCGCCCAGGGCAUAUGGUACCUUUGCGAGCACAGAACGGCGGCGUCCUAGAACGCAGAGGUCAUACGGAAACUGGUGUCGAUUUAUGUACCCUCACCAAUCAGCCUCUAGGAGGAGUGCUAUGCGAGCUCGUGAAUGACGAUGCGUUGGGCACUAUGGCGCGACGCGAUGAUUGCCGAUCAUUUGCCAAUCGAUGGGGCCUGAAAAUGAUCAGCGUGGAUAUGUUGGCACAGUACAGAAAAGCGACGGAGAGCAGGAGUACUGUGACAUCAUGACAGAUGAAAGGAUACACGGGGAUAUGUACCGGCUAGUGUAUACUUAGAGAGCAUUGUACACUGGUGCAAAUCAGCCAGACUUUAGACAUCCCCUCGGGAAUUCCGCGGAAAAACUUAGGGAACCUAUUCAAGGUCCUGAGACCGCGGUCUCAAAGAUGAGAACAUUCCAUCUUUGAAGAUCGUACCAGCGGCUUGUAACAGUCUUUAUUUGAUCCCUGAAACCCCCGAAAGCUUGUACACAACAUU